AAAUAUUAUUUUGAUAUAUUAGAAGUAUGUGUUCAGGUGAAGGUCCUGCUCCACCGAACAUUACCAUUUCUUCACACAAACUAGAGUUAGGAUUUAAUUCAUCCAGUUCUCAAUCAACAAGUAAUAUAAUCAGUAGUAUGGAUACACCACUCUUUAAUCUUCAGGUUAUUCCAGAUGGUAUUGGGAAUGGAAGAAAUUUGAUUUCCACACUGGGUGAACAUUCCUUGCUUUCAGAACUUGUAAAAAACAUUUCAAAUAUUGGAGAUCAGCAUAUUGUUUCAAGAGUCUGGGAGAUUCAAAACUUCUCAACAAUAUUCAAAACUAUCAGAGUAACUGCAGGAUUUGGUUUGGCUGAUGUAGUAGAUGCAAUCAGUUUAAUAUUUGGACCGGAAAUAGAUGAAAUAACCCUCAGUAGGUUUGAGAGUUUGAAUAUUCCACUGGGAAGAGGUUUAAAGAUAAAACCGAUGUUGGAGAAAUGGGUUGAAUCAAUCAAAUCAAAACGGUCCAGCUUCAUGAAGAAGAUAUCUUCUAAAACCUCGUCCAGUGACUCCGAACCCGACCAGAAGAGAUUUUUUGGAAGGAAACGAACCAAGAUAGAAGCAAGAAAUAGAGAAUAUAUGGAAACUGUGUUUAUUCAAUGCCCUAAACCUACCUAUGAACAGCUUAUCACAAUAUCAACCAAUACAAGUUUGGACAGAGAUGUUGUCAGGGUUUGGUUUUCAAAUAGGAGACAAAAAGAGAAAAGAAAAAAAGAUAACCGAGGAACCGCCAGUGAAGUAUCCUUUGUAAGACGUGAAUAUGAUUUGAAGGCUUCAAUUCAUCCCUCUCCGUCUUGCCUACUAGUUCACAGACCUGGAGCAGGGUCUACCUUUCAACCCGACAGAGACUUCAACCUAACCCCGGUUCAAGAUUUAGAUCAACUUUCUCAAGAGGGUAGAGCAGACCUGGGACUGAACGGAAGAAAUUCGUUUAAAAUGAAACCAGAGCCGGUAUUUCAACCUGAAAAUACAGCCUUGGAUUUUGAUACAAGAUACUUUUCAACCUUGGAGAGCAAACCCAAACAGGAAAUGCAUCCUUCCUCUCCAAACCAGCAAACACAGAGCUUAAACUACCCUGGAGUAAACCUAACAUUCCCCACCCACAAUAUGACCUCUUCAUCUAACACUUUGUCCUCUUCUAAAGAAGUGAGGCCAGGAUACGCUCAGAACGACGACCUCGGGCGAAUGGAAGAGUUUGAUAGCGAGGACUCUAGCCUCAGCCUAGUAGAUGAAGAGGGGGAAGCAGGGAGAAAGGUUCCUGAGAGGGCUUCAAUCAAAGAAGAAACCGAGUUCUCUGUUUCUCAGGAUACAAGACAAAGUACAGGAUCUCCAAGCGAUCCUGGAAAGAAGUCUGUUAUAGUUGAAAACAGCUUUGUACGAUCAAAUACAGGCAGGACGUAUACUGAAGAUCUUGAUACUAAUAUUUCUAUGCAGGACGUAUACUAAGAUCUUAAUCCUAAUAUUUCUAUGCAGGACGUAUACGGAAGAUCUUAAUCCUAAUAUUUCUAGGCAGGACGUAUACUGAAGAUCUUAAUCCUAAUAUUUCUAGGCAGGAC